UCUUGCUGUCCAGAUGUCUUUUCUGGCUUCCUGUUGUGAUUUCAAGAAAAACAAUCACUAAUGAUACUUGGAAUGAGGAGAUGGAAGAAAAUAUGGAGCCAAGCCUCAAUAGUUCUAUACAUGACUCAGAAUUCGACUUGAGUGCCACUGUUCCUUCUGAUGACGAAAGGGGUGUAACCGAUUUAGAAAGUCUGUCAAUGAUGACAGAUAAGGUUGAUUUUAGCAGAGAAGCUGCUAUGACAGGCUCCAAAACAUCUGCAUUAAAAAAUGGCGAUUCAGCAUCCAAUGUCUGCACUAAAAAGAGGAAAAAAGAUGCAACAGAUGAAAUUCUGGAUUUCAUGAGAAGUACUACCUCUGUAUUGACGGAAAAAGACGAUGAUGAUCCCGACAGAAAUUUCUUACUGAGUAUGCUACCGGAUUUUAAAGAAUUAAGCAAAGAGGCAAAAUACAAAGCCAAAAUGGGUUUUCUGAGCUUAUUGCAUGAGUUGGGAAAAUAAAUAAAAUAGCUUCAACUCUUCCAUGCUCAUUGACUUCAUUUUUUUAUUUGCUACAUAAUAUAUUACUUGCGAAGAGAAAAUGUCUUUUUAUUUUUUAUUAUAGAAUAUUACUAAUAUGCAAUAAACAUAUUAAAUAACACAUAAUUUACAUACAAAAAGAAACAUAAAGAAAGCAGAAAAACUAAAUAA